UAUUCCAUUUGGUCACCACCUCUCUCAUCUUCCUUCCUAGUUUAUUUUUGGUCUCUUCAUUUUUUCUUUUUUCUUAAAUGCCGGAAAACAUGAGCAUAUCUGUAAAUGGACAAACUCACGUCCCUCCCGGAUUCCGAUUCCAUCCAACCGAAGAGGAGCUAUUGCAAUACUACCUCAGGAAAAAGGUUUCCUAUGAGAAGAUCGAUUUGGAUGUAAUUCAGGAUGUUGAUCUUAACAAGCUUGAGCCCUGGGAUAUUCAAGAGAGCUGCAAAAUUGGAACCACUCCCCAGAAUGAUUGGUACUUUUUUAGCCAUAAAGACAAGAAGUACCCUACUGGGACUCGGACCAACCGUGCCACGGCUGCUGGGUUUUGGAAAGCGACCGGCCGUGACAAAGUUAUAUGUAGCAACUGCCGCCGGAUUGGGAUGAGGAAGACUUUGGUGUUUUACAAAGGACGAGCCCCUCAUGGCCAGAAAUCUGAUUGGAUCAUGCAUGAAUACAGACUAGAAGAUAACAUCGCUGAAACCAAUAUGGUCUCUAAUACUAUGGGGGAGGGGCCACAAGAAGAGGGAUGGGUGGUUUGUCGUGUCUUCAAGAAGAAAAAUCACCUCAAAACCCUAGACAGCCAUAUUAGCUCAUCUCUCACUGCAAAAGCCAGGGACCGUAUGUUCCGUGCGUUCAAUGAUGGAGCCUUGGAGCAGAUACUAGAAUACAUGGAAAGGAAUUGCAAGGACGAUAGUGAAGCUAACAACUGUACGAGUAGGAGAUUCUUCAGCCCCAUGGAGACAUCCACCAGCAACGUCUACCCGGCCGACUCAUUCAUGGAACUCCCAAGCUUAGAGAGCCCAAACUCCGCCAGCAGCCAGAACUGUUACCAACCCAUGUUGACGGACAAUGAAUGUUCAAUCACCAACCAGGUCAGUGGUGAUCCCAACUCAGUUGGUAACAAUGACUCUAGGCUCACCAACUGGGCAGUACUUGAUCGGCUUGUAGCUUCUCAGCUCAAUGGUCAAACAGAGACAUGUAGGCAAUUAACUUGCUUCGAUGACCACACCACAGCCUACUGCAGCCCCAGUACUACUGAUCAUCAUGAUCUCCAAUUACCAGUUGUUCGAUCAGGAUUAUAACUGCGAAUUUGACAUUGGAGUUUCACCUCAUCAUUUUCAUAUUCGGCCCACUGUUUGACGCGGUGAAUGCUAGUGUAUAACAGGUCAAUAACUCCUAUAUAUACUAAUAUAAAAUGAAUCAUACCUUAGUUACUAAUGUCAGAAGUUUGUGUUACAACAACAGUUAUGUUAAUGAAUACAUAGAAUGGUAUUAAUAUAAAUAAAUAGUGAACUUCUUUCCUA